AUUAUUUGUUAGCUACACCAGUGCAGCACUAAAGAGGCAAAUUUUUAAAAAGCGAAUAUGUCCUACAAUUCAUUUAAUGGGCAGCACGGUGGCAAUGCCUCACUACUUCAGGGUCCCUGGUUCGCCCUUGAGCUCGGGUCUGACUUGUAAAACUCUGUCUUGAGUCUCCUUGACUAGACUCCUUUCCUCCAAGUUCUCUGGUUUUGUCCCAUUUAACAAAACAUGUCAGUAGAUGAAUUAGUGACUUUCAAUUGCCCUAGGUGUGAAUGAGUGUUUCAAUAUGUGUGUGUGUGUGUGUGUGUGUGCAUGAUGCUCUCUUAUGGACUGGCAUCCAAUCCAGAGUGUGUUCCCACGUCACACCCCGUGUUCCUGGGAUAGGCACUGGAUCCAAAAAAAAGCACUUAUGAAGGAAUAUUUUGAAAAUUUUGUAGUUCCUCAUAUUUUAUUUUUUGCACUAGAGUCUGGAGAACCAUACAUUUCAACAUAAGAACAAUAUGCCCUUGUCUUAUAAUGUCACUUUAGCACUUAAUGUCACCUGAAAAAGAUAACAUUGGGUAUUUUUAUGUAAGCAGGUCAAGAUGUAUUUGACCCUUUAACCUUCACAUGUCAGUUGCACCAGUAAGAAGUUUGUUGUUAAUCUAAAAGCUUGUUUUUAUUCAUUCAAUUCAUUGUUUUAAUUCACUUUUGCAAUAAUUAAUAUCUAUGAUUCUUUUUUUGGGGGGGGGGAGACUUUUAGCGAAGCUUUACAGUCUUUAAAACUGACUUAAAUACGGAUAAUUGAGCAUGCUAGUCCAGAUAAGCUCCGCACACUUCCGGUAAUCGUAACCAUGAGCUGAAACAACCAAUCAGACUCGUCGAAACAACGUAUAGGCGGUACCUAAACUUACGCACGCUGCGUAAUAUUGAAGGACACUCGAGCGGACCAAUCAGAAUCUUCAUAACAACGUGUGGGUGUGACAAUAUGGACGCACUUGGAGACGUGCGCUGCCCCUGAGAGCAUGAGGACGGCAGGAAUGCAGAGUCAGGAUUAAAAAGUAGUUUAAAAAAAAAAAAACGGUGAGGAGAAAUAAUUAAGUGAAUUCUAAAAUAUUAACAGAACGUAAACAUUGUAUGAAAAAUAUUACGCGAUGCAGACAGUUUUGCUUCUUUAAAGCACUUCCUCUUUGGGCUUUUGUGGUGUUCAGAAGCUAGCUAGUUAGCUAAUGUCAAACUGUUCACACCUCUUGUAAGAUUUUUAAUCCGGAUUCUGCAUUAAUUCCGGAUGAAUAGAAGAUACUUAUGAAUAGUACAACUGUUAUUUAGAAUUUAAUCUGUCGUUGCAUGCAGGUCACGUGGUUGUUUACACUCCUGUAAGUUGUUUAUACAUGUGGACGGCGUGACAUUGCAUGCUAGCUGUCCUAAUCCUGCAUGGGAAUCUGUCCAAUCUGAGGAAAUCUUCAAAGCUUUGUGAUCCCUGCUACUCAUUGAAAAGACAUCUUAAAUUACACAUACACACACACGUGCACCAGACAUGUUCAAAUCCGUCCAGUGUGCCCCCCUGUGCAGCAUGAGCGCGCGUGCUGCUCGUCUGCAUUGCACGCCUGCUCUAAGACACAGCAGUGGAGCAGGACAUGGCAGGUCUGAAGCUGCUGCAUGGCUCGAGUCUCUCUACACAUGGCUCCAGAAAGCAGGAAGAGGAUGUGGUGAGAGCAUCCCUGGAAAGAAGAAGCGAGAAGGGCUUCUGUCCAUCCUGGCUGACCACUGCAGCUUUGUGACCGGACAGAGACUGAGGCGAGCGUUGCAGGUCGCAGAGCUCUACUCCAACCUGUACUCGGAGAGGAGCAGGUGGACGCUGGUGGGCAACAUUUGGCGCCGGCUGCAGAACAAGCAAGCCCCGACUGGCAAACUGCUGGCUGCCCUCGCCGGGGUGUUCAUGUGGGAGGACGAGAAGAUCAAAGACGAUGAGAUGAAGAGGUGUGCGUGGGAGCUCCAGGCUCUGGAUGCUGUAAAGCAGAAGGCCGCUGCGGGGAAGGCCAGUGCGCAGGCUGAGGGUGGCUGGGAAAUGGUGAUGGAGAAGAAGACCUUUAAAGUGUGGAGGAGACCAGUUGAAGGAAGCCACCUGUUCGAGUACCGAGUAUUUGGUUCCUACACUGAUGUUACUCCCAGACAGUUCUUCAAUGUUCAGUUGGACACCGAAUACAGGAAGAAGUGGGACGCACUGGUGAUCAAACUGGAAGUGCUGGACCGGGACCUGAACACGGGGUCAGAGGUCGUUCACUGGGCAACACAUUUCCCUUACCCGAUGUACUCCCGAGACUACGUGUACGUGCGCCGCUACGAAGUGGACGUCGAGAACAACCUGAUGGUCCUGGUGUCCAGAGCUGUGGAACAUCCUGGCGUUCCCGAGACGCAGGAGUUUGUUAGAGUUCACUCGUAUUGCUCCAGGAUGGUCAUCCGACCCCACAAAUCCUUCGAUGAGAAUGGAUUUGACUAUCUGUUGACGUACAGCGAUGAUCCUCAGACGGUUUUCCCUCGUUACUGUCUGAGCUGGAUGGUGUCCAGCGGCAUGCCUGAUUUCCUGGAGAAGCUGCACACGGCGGCUCUGCGAGCGAAGAACCACGAGGUUGGCGUUUAUGACUACGUGGGCAUGAUGAAGCAGGUGCAGCAGACCUCUUCGGAGCGGCUGGAGGAAGGAACGACGCACACCGCAGGAUCCUCCCGUAUUUACGCCUGAGAGAGAGAGGAAACAGCUGGCCAGAUGUGCAGCGGAUAAGAUGGGCAAUUCAUUAAGACCUAAGAGACCUCGGGUUUGAUUCACAACGAAUCUGUGGCGAGCCUGGGGGGGGGGGGGGGGGGGUUGAGAGGGAGAGAGAGAGAGCGCGAGCGCUUUGCCUCUUACUGUGACCUACAGACAGCGAGUGAGAAUCAGAGACGCUGCUACUGCUGCUGCCAAAACACCUUUCUAUCCUUGUGUGUGUGUGUGUGUGUGUGUGUGUGUGUGUGUAAAGAUCAGGAAACCUGGUACAGCUGGAAUUAUUUUGCUUGCACACCUGAGUCAGAAUCAGGGAAAAAAACUCCGUCCACUCGCUCAGCUGUCUGUUUCUUGCUCCUGGGAGUUUUAUUUUCACAAACUACUUCUCACUUGUCUACUAACAAAGUCGCCAAGCUAGCAGCCACAUCGGUGCGUGUUCUCCUAAGUGACAAAAUAUUCACGUCGAGUCGUCCUUAGUGCCGCCGUUUCACAGGAACACGUUUUCAUUCUCGAUGAACGCUCAACAUCGCGACGACGUACGCGCUUCAAAACAUCCCACUUCCUUUCACACAAUCUGCCGACGUUUCGGGGUCGGGCGUUACCUCGUUCAGAGACCAUACGAUUGAGGGCGAGAGUUCGUAUACCUUGUUUUUUUUAUUGUCCAGAGCGUGUUCGAGAGAUAUUCCUCCAGUAACAAAAACGGCCAUGAGGUUUGUUAAAGAUUUUUAUAUUCGAUGACUUCUACAGGGGAAAUGUGACUAAUCGUAAUCCUUUCUGCAUGGACAGGUUUGGGUUCGGAAAAUUCCACGAGACGUCUCUUACUUUCCGCUUCACCGCAGCAGCACUCACACACACACACACACACACUCUGGCAUUCUGGUCCUCACGUUUUUCGAACCAGCUCCUCAUGAGGAAGUGCGGGACGUGUUCUCGCGACCGCAGCGUCCUCACUUCCUCUGCUGCGCCAGAGCUGCGUCUGUUUUCUCUUGAUUUGGCGUCUGCGCGCUUAUCACUGCUGAACACGCGGCGCUCUCAUGUGAUUUGCGUCCCAGCCCCAGGAGUGUUUACUUGUAAGACGGUUCUACGUACUAGGGUACUACCAGAGUUAGGAGCGCUAAUGAUACGAGUGCAUGAUUUCAGAUAACGACAGCUGAGAUCACUUUAAUGGACAUGGAUAUCGAUUUCUGAUAAAUAAAUAAAUCAAAAAACACACCAUAAAGCAGCAUACAGAGCGUUUCUGUUUAAUAAGAACUCGUCAUUAAACGUGAAAUCAAAACGUAAACCGUAAAGGGGUGAGAGAGAGAAAAUAAUUCGACGCUCGCGGGAGUUUCUUGAUAUCGGGCAACAAAACCAGCGCGAACAACCGGACAAGCUAAAGUGUGGCCGCGUGCGGGUUUUAAUCCGUUUGAUCGAACUGAGCUUUGGAUGGUGAUCUGACGUCACUGUGAACCAGCCAAUGAGAAACGACGUAGGGAUAAAACGUUUAACGAGUUUUCCCAGUCACGUGAGAGAGGAAAAAAAUGAAUCUUCACCCAUAUUGUAUGUAAGAUAACGACGCACAGCGAAGUGUUUCCUGGCAGAUUUCCGGACACAAUGUCUUCGUUUUAAGCGACAAUGCUCUCAAAACAGUGUUGUUUUUUUUUUUUUUUUUAAUGGAAUGUUUAACGAAAAUUCUCAGUGUAUGUUAAAUCCCACCUCCAUUUCGUUUACACGCUCGAAUCUGAUGCAUCAGUCAGCCUCGGAUUCAUUUUUCUUCCAUUUUAAUCACGGCGUCAGGAUUCAAGCCGUGAGAUCGUACUUCCUCCGGUUUAAUAGUCGUGAAGAUGUUGCGAAUCCGUUUAAAAAUACGGCGGUGGGAUUGCGAAUACAUCCUGAGCAUCAGGCUCAUAUUUGUGUGAUUUAAAGACAAAUAUUACACUCGCACUUUACAGGGUGUCCCAAAAGUCUCCAUACGUGCGGGACUAGGGACGCCAGGACCACGUCGGUCGCGUCUUCGUCAGCGGACGUUCGUGGACGUCCUCGGUCGGUCCGCAUCACUUCCAGUCUUUUCGAGUUUGUUAGUAAGUUUGGUAACAGUGUUGUGUAUGUGAUGUGCUCACCAUGUUUCCUGUUAAAGUCCAUCGCAACCUUGCGACAGCUUCCUGAUCCAGCCACGAGAACAAUUUCAGUACGUUCUGUGUUCAAAGGCGUUCUUGAAUCUCAUACAUAUAUAUAAUUGAAAUCGUGGUGUUCAUUUCCCCCUGUGUGUGGAGAAUUGUGGGACGUCCUGUAUUAAAGAGGGUGUAUUGUAUGAAGGUCUGCGCUUCACUGGGUUGACAGAAAACAUUGUUUUUCUGCUUUCUGAUAGUUUGUGUGUAUAUUCAUCUUCCAGGUAACAUUUCUAUUUUCCCCGUCAGACUUUAGUCUGAACUCCACCAUGUCAUGACUGGUAUGAUGAUGUUUUUUUUAAUGGUGUAGAUGAACCGUAAUUCUGAAAUAUAGUUUAAAAAAACAUGCUAAUAUGUAAAUAUAUUCUUGGUGAAGAUGCCAUUUUAAGGCAGGUACAGUGAGGUGAAUGGAGAUCCUUAGAAAGAUGAACGUUAAAGCUUUCUCAGUGAUCUGCGUGGUGAUGAUGUGAACACUUUGAUGGUCAUUCACCUCCCCUCCCCUCCCCCCAACACACAGAUUUACUACUUUUUAUUUCUGUUCAUUUUGUGAAUCCUGUCUAGCCAGUAGCGUUCCUAGAGGUGUAUAGAGAUCCAUGAUGAUCCUAGAGGACCAUGAUGAUCAAUUUCUCCACAGUCAUCAGCAUACCACUGUCUGUUCAGGACUUGGAAUGGAAGUUAGGCCAGUCCGUAUUUUUUUUCUCCUCUUUAAUAUCGCUCUUUUUCUUGUAGUGACAGAAACGGUCGCUUUAAAAUGGCACGAUUUGUCGGUAAAGCUGAAUUUUCUUGCGGUGAGGAAUGCUUAUUCAUCUCAUUUACAAAAAAAAACCCCCAAAAAACCAACCACAGGAACUGUGUGACGCACGUGUUAUGUAAUACUUCCACGAACAGUGUGAUAAGAGUGCUGUGUAUCAGAACACGUCGAUGAUGAAAUGUGCAAGAGUGUUAAUCUACACGAGCUGAAAAAUCUACAUGAACUUGUCCAAUCAUAGACGUCCUAAAAUUCUAAUUCUGCUUUGGAUUCGGUUCGUUAAUUAUUAUUUUUUUUUCUUCUUUAAUAUUAUUUUUCUUCUUUCUCUUGUACGGCUUGGAAAGGAAAGAUGGAUGGAUCAUUUUUGUAACAAACUCGAGUGUUUGUAAUUGUCCCAUCUUAAUAAUUUGCCCUUUUUUUUUUUGUUUGGUUUCUAAAAUUACAGAUUUUUUAAAAAUGUUUUGUAGAUUUCUUGUGUGCGUGUGUGGUUUUUUUUGUUGUCCCCCCCCAGAUUUGUACUAGUGAGUCAAAGCAUAAGAUGAACUCUUGUUUAAAGCAUGUGAUAAAUAUGGGUUUGCAUUUGUCGACUUAUCCGAACGGUUGAUUCAUUCGCAACACUUGAUUUCAGUGUGACUGUUAGUAAGGGUGUGUGAGGCUUCGCUGAAGGUUUGCAUGCGUUUCUUGGGUCUCUUCAGUGGUGCUUGGGGAGAAAAAUGCUCAGCUUAUGAAUGUUUGUUUUGGGGUUCUUGUUUUUUUUUUUUUUUUUUUUUUUUUUUUUUUGUUGUUUAUUUUUCUUCAAUGUUUCAGCCCUGAUGUAACUCCAGACUGAAAUUGUGAGCGGUUCUUUCUCCGUUAAUUGCUCUAGUGUGUGAAAGUGAAUUUCUACAACCCCGAUUCCGAAAAUGUUGGGACAGUUUGGAAAAUGCUAAUAAAAACGAAGAGGAAUGAUUUGUAAA